AUGGAGGAAGACUCGAGACACGCUUACUUCAUGAAGCAAGCUUUAUUGAUGGGAGAAAAAGCUCUCGAAGCAGGUGAAACUCCCGUUGGAUGUGUCUUAGUAUAUGACAACCAUAUAGUCAGUUCUGGAAUGAACGACACAAAUAGGUCGAUGAAUGGUACAAGACACGCGGAGUUUAUUGCUAUCGAGCAGAUGCUCAGAAGCUAUCCCAAGUCCUUACUUCGUUCAACAAAACUCUAUGUCACGGUCGAACCGUGUGUUAUGUGUGCUUCUGCUCUGAGGCAGUACCGAAUACAGGCUGUGUAUUUUGGCUGCGGUAAUGAACGUUUUGGGGGCACGGGAAGCAUUCUCUCGCUACACACCGAUUUCUCAAUAGACCCGCCUUACCCAGUUUAUGGUGGGUUGUUCAGUAAAGAAGCCGUAAUGCUGCUUCGAAGAUUUUAUGUUCAAGAGAACGAGAGAGCACCCAAGCCUCGCCCCAAGAAAAACAGAGAACUAAAUACAAGAUUUGAGGGUGACACCUGA